UUCUUGAAAACUCACCUCUGAACAGGAGCCCACCCUCCACCCCUGACACCAUGACCCACUCCUGCUGCUCCCCUUGCUGCCAGCCUACCUGCUGCAGGACCACCUGCUGCCAGCCCACCUGCAGUGGGUCCAGCUGUUGUGAGUCCAGCUGCUGCCAGCCCUGCUGCCCCCAAACUCGCUGUCAAGUCACCUGCUGCAGGACCACCUGCUACCAACCAGCUUGUGUGACCAGCUGCCGCCCUUCCUGCUGCAGCGCUCCCUGCUGCCAGCCCACCUGCUCUGAGCCCAGCUGCGGUGGUCAAACCUGCAGUGGGUCCAGCUGCUGCCAGCCUUGCUGCCCCCAAACUCGCUGUCAAGUCACCUGCUGCAAGACCACCUGCUACCAACCAACCUGUGUGACCAGCUGCUGCCGCCCUUCCUGCUGCAGCGCUCCUUUCUGCCAGCCCACCUGCUCUGAGUCCAGCUGCUGUGGACAAACCUGCAGUCAGUCCAGCUGCUGCCAGCCUUGCUGCCCCUCAACUUGCUGUCAGACCAUCUGCUGCCAGCCAGCUUGCUCUGAACCCGUGUACUGCCGGAGAACCUGCUACCACCCCACCUGCGUUUGCCUGCCUUGUUGCCAAGCCCAGAGCUGCGGAUCCAGCUGCUGCCAGCCUUCCUGCUGCUGAUCACCCCACCAAAGAACCACCGUCUGCACAAACCAAUCUUUUUAUGGCCUUGCCAUUCCUAGGACACAUUUACUGCCCAAGGUUGCUGAAAGCCAGCAUGCUAUCACUAAAUUUCUGUUACUCAUCUGACUGUUGAAAAGCUUGUGAACAAGCUUGAUGGAGUGCAGAGGACUUCCCCCAAUUCUCCUCCUCCUGGUGUCUGUGGACCAUGUGCCAGAUCCUUGCAUCCUCCAUCCGGAGUCAUGAUCUGCUUUGACCUGAAGUCAGAAUCUUUACCCUCUUCCUCUAAGUAACUUAGAAAAACAAAUCCCCACAACUUUCACAUGGAUUUCUGCAAUUGUUGAAUAAUCUUCAGAAUCAUGUUUUUCUUUUCAAUGUACUCAUGGCUCUUGUACCCUGCUUUCUUCUUUUCGUGAUCACUUCGGUCUCUCUAGAUGGAGGGGGUCUUACCUAUAUUUCAUAAUAAAUCCUGUACCUUUAUUCACCCUCA